CACUGGUUUGCUCUCUCUCUUUAUCUCUCAUAAUGACUAAGCUUCGUGCAUACGAGCUCCGCACCAAGAGCAAGGCUGAGCUUGAGGACCAACUCAAGUCCCUCAAGACCGAGCUUGCUUCGCUCCGUGUGACCAAGGUCACUGGCAGCGCUGCCAACAAGCUUGGCCGCAUCUCGGCCGUCCGCAAGGGCGUCGCUGCGGUCCUCACCGUCAUGAACCAGACCCAGCGCGAGCACCUCCGCAAGCACUUUGCCGGCAAGAAGUACCUGCCCACUGACCUCCGCGUCAAGAAGACCCGUGCCAUCCGCCGCCAGCUCAACCAGCACGAGCGAUCGCAAGUGACUAUUCGCGAGGCCAAGAAGCGCACUCACUUCCCCCUCCGCAAGUACGCCCUCAAGGCCUAAAACGAUUGUUCCCACCAUUUCGUUGCGAUCGGUUUGUGUGUUUUCGAAGUAUUUUUUCAUGAAUACACUUGCCUUUGUCCUUUUUUU